ACAGUCACGGAAGAUAUGGGCAGUCUUAGAUUUUUCUUGAAAGGUGUAAGUGUGCUUUCUGUACCCUGGUCGUCUCAUUUCUAAGGUCGUUAUUAGCGAAGGAGAGCCGCAAAAACCGCCGCUAUGGCGCCUCCGAAGAUCAGACGCGUCAUGUCUGAGGUGUCCCUCAACAGUGAUUAUGACGAGAAGGGCAAGAAGAAGAGUGGAUGCAAGAAAUUCGUCAAGGUACUCUUCUCGCACGGAGGCCUCUUCAUCCUGGUCACUUUUUACGCUUGUUUAGGGGCCUGGAUUUACAUCCAGAUCGAAACGCCCGCCGAGAACCGGCGGCGUGAUCGGAAGCAAAGGAUCACGAUGGAUGUCGGCGAUGCUAUCAAUUACAUGAUCAAGUGGAUGUGGUACAUCAACGGGAAGCGGCAAUCCAAGACCGAGUACAACAAGUUGAUCUACGAGAGGCUGGACACCUUCAAACAAUUCAUUGUGUCGAAGGCAUCGGAUUCCUCUCUCCAGUACGACGGCCAUAUGAACACUUGGGAACCAGACUGGACUUUCCCGAAGUCGCUCCUCUUCACAGUGACCAGCAUCGGAACUAUAGGGUACGGGCAUAUUGCUCCAAAAACCAUCAGUGGCCGUUUGUUCACCAUCAUGUACAACGUUAUUGGAAUCCCCCUUCAUCUUGUAUUCUUGGCCAAUAUUGGUGACUUUCUGGCUGACGCCUUCAAGUACACUUACAGCCGUUUGUGCUGCCGUUGGUGUCGCUGGCGUCGCCGUGUUUCCGAGAAGAAGAAGAAGGAGAAGCCGCCCGCCAGCAGGGAAUUAUGGAAAGAUGCAGUUGGAAACGAAAGCUACAUGCCCACUCAGACGGUGGAUGUACCCAUUAUCGUCAACCUGUGCUUGGUGUCGGGUUACCUCGUGAUGGGUGGGUUCCUCUUCGGAUGGUGGGAAUCAUGGGACCUCAUUACAGCCAUCUACUUCACGUUCAUCACACUCUCCACCAUCGGCUUCGGAGAUUACGUCCCUGGCAAUUCCUUCUCGGACGAUACGGACGCACUCAAGGCAACUCUGAAGAUGUUGGCGACGGUGGUCUUCUGUUUCUUUGGUAUGUCUGUACUGUCUAUGUGCAUCAACCUCAUGCAAGAGCAGCUGGUGGUCAAAGCGCGGUGGUUUGCCAUGGAAGUCGGCAUCAUCGAGGAGGAAAUUGACCCGCAGACCAAGUACAAGUACAAGAAAAGCAAACGGGGCACUGUCAUGGAGACCCACCCAGACAGGGACGGCAACAAGAAAUUGUGUCUCGUUGCUGCAGAGGAAGGCGAAUCCACGUCCAAGACGCCACCGAACGUUAAACUCCAUCCGGAGGAGUUCGACGACUUCUAAAAACUGGCUCAAGGAUUAUUUCUGUUUCUUUCUCCCUUCGUUGGCUUGUUGUCUUGAUGUAUCCCAGUGUGUUACAGCACGUUUUUAGAGUAGAAUUGUUGGAACUCGGGAUUUUAGAAUGUUAAUCUUACAAAGAGUGAUUAGAUUUUGUGAAAUUUCUUUCUCACACUGUCUUGAGAGAGAGAGAGAGAGAGAGAGAGAGAGAGAGAGAGAGAGAGAGAGAGAGAGAGAGAGUUAGUGCGAAUAA